AUGCUUAUCAUAAGUGUUCUUGUUUUUAAGGAAAUGGUCAUAAGUGAGUUGGCAAAAUUGGAGGAGACACUUCUAGAAAAAAUUCGCAACGUUGUUUGUCAUCCGCCGGCUUUAUUCAAAAAGCGAGCACCAAAAUUCGAUUCACUUCUUGCGGCUGGUGUUUCACGGGAAUUAAUGAGCGUCAUCAAAGAAUUCGAUGAUGGUUUACGCUCGCUAUUAGAUUGUAUAAAGGAAUAUGAAUCAAUUGGCAAAGAGGAAAGUAUCACACAACUACGAGAGCAGUUUUCAGUAGCAGUUCUUGAAAUGUUAAAACGGUGA